CAGUUGUUUUACAGACUGAAAUUGUUAAGGAUGACAAUUGAUAGAACAUGCUUCCAGAGGUUUCCACCCAAUUAUUUUGAACUCUGUGAGGUUUACCUUUGCAAUAUAAUUGUGCAUUCCAUUAGAUUUCUGCUCUGAAUUAUUUGUGUUGCAGAUAGGACCUUAGUGAUAUGUUAAGUUAGGAAUCAUUCCAUUGACGAGGCUAAUAUGGCAUGUUCUCCUACCUAAAAAAAGGUUAAUUUUCUGGUUCAAAUUGGAGUGAUACUAUUGAUGGCUUCUCCUUGAAACAACAUCAGGGAACACCACUUGAGCAUGUGUAUGUGGUAUAUCUUAUGUUAAGUGGCUUGUCAAAUCCCCAGUUCUAUUUAAGAGGGAUAGGUCUCUUAGGAUUGGCACAACUUCCAAGAUCUGUGAGUUAGAACCAAUGGCAUUUGUUGUGCCCUCAUCACACGCAAGGUGCUAUCUUUCUUUGCCUCAUCCAAAGAUUUCAGAUACCAAAAAAGUUGAUUUUGGCAUAGCAACAGGUGCAGCGUUCAGGCAGCCUUGCUUUAAAUUGUCAAUAUCCAGUAGUGGUAAGACAUUAAGCAAGGGAACUAAUGCAGCUAUCUCAGAUACACCAUUGCUUGGGACUAUCGAUGUGCUAGAUGCCUUUGAGGAUGAUUAUGGUGGUGUUGUAAUUAAUCCUACUUCCUUACCAAGUACAUCCAAUGCAUUUGCUUCAUCACUACAGUCCUCACUAUCUUAUUGGAGUAAGCAGGGGAAAAGGGGGGUUUGGCUGAGGAUACAAGAAGAUCAGGCCGAUCUAGUUCCAAUUGCAAUAAAGGCGGGCUUUGUUUAUCAUCAUGCAGAGCCAGGGUAUGUGAUGCUAACAUACUGGCUUCCAGAUGGACCUCCUGGUUUGCCUUCGACUCCAUUGCAUCAAAUCGGUGUUGGAGCAUUUGUCAUGAAUGAUAAAAACGAGGUGCUUGUCGUCAAAGAAGGGAAAUGUCCAUCACACUGUUCAGGCAUCUGGAAGAUCCCUACCGGCUUUAUAGAUAAGUUUGAAGACUUGUUUUCUGGAGCCAUAAGAGAAGUUAGAGAAGAAACUGGGGUCGAAAGUUGUUUCCUGGAUGUUGUUGCUUUCAGGCAUGCACAUCAAGCCCUUUUUGAUAAAUCAGAUAUACUCUUUAUUUGCACACUCAAGCCACUGUCGUUUGAGAUAUCAAUUGAUGAGUCAGAGAUCGAAGCAGCAAGGUGGAUGCCGAUUGAUGAGUUCGUCAGCAAACCAUGCCAUCAGGAGGAUGAAAUGUCCAGGGCCAUCAUUGACAUAUGCAUUGCUGCACACCAGAAGUGCUACGCAGGACUCGGCGCGCAUCAGGUGAUGUCAAGGCUCGACAACAUGGUGGCCCAUCUCUACACCGGGUAUACUAGGGAAGCAACUGGAUGUGUCCCUGAGAUAUAAAUCUUACCAGUAAUAAUCUUGAUUAAUUGGUAAGCAGCACAGUCUGUAGAAUUGUUGCCAUCAUUGUACUACUAGCAUAUAGGCAAGUCAGCUCAGCUCUCUGUCCUAUAUGCAGGAGUAACAACUGGUCCUAUUAUCAAUUAGUAGUAAGCAUGGUAUGUAUCAGUCCAUAAUCUGGCAAUAAGAAAGGACGAAUGUUGUGACUAA